CUACAAGCUGGCUCCCUCCGCUCUGGGAGUGUUUCGCAUUUAAACAAACACGGUCCUGCCGAAGAUGGCGGAGAGUUUGUAGAGGCGUAAAAGAAACUGCUCCACUCAAUGAAAGCAUCGAAGCCGGAGAUGUUGAGACAUUGAAGCGACACUAGACCCUUGAUGGAGCUUGACUGGGGCUUGUACUGGUCAAGGUGCUGAUAUGCGCUGAAGAUGAGUGGCGUAGGAGACAACUUGUUGGAGCCGCUGUGCUCCGACCGCAAACGUAAACUGUCCACCUGCGACACGCCAGGUUUAGGGUGUGACAAGCGUCGGAGGGAACAGGAGAGCAAGUACAUCGAAGAGCUGGCUGAGCUCAUCUCUGCCAACCUCUCCAACAUCGACAGCUUCAACGUCAAGCCUGACAAAUGUGCCAUCCUCAAGGAGACCGUGAGACAGAUCAGACAAAUCAAAGAGCAAGGAAAGAGCUCUUGCAGCGAUGAUGAUGUCCAGAAGGCGGAUGUGUCCUCUACUGGUCAAGGGGUCAUUGACAAGGACCAUCUGGGACCGCUGCUCCUACAGGCCUUGGAUGGCUUUCUCUUUGUGGUUAACCGAGAGGGCAGCAUUGUAUUUGUGUCAGACAAUGUGACACAGUACCUGCAGUACAAGCAGGAGGAGCUGAUCAACACGAGUGUGUACAACAUCAUCCACGAUGAGGACAGGGAGGAGUUUCACAAGAAUCUACCCAAGGCCCAUGCACCAAACGGGGCAUCGUGGGGUGGAGAAGCACCCAGACAGAAGAGCCACACCUUCAACUGUCGUAUGCUGGUGAACUUUGUUCAUGGUCAGAGUCAUGGGUUGCCAGAAGAGAGGCCCGGGGGCCAGCGCUAUGAGACAAUGCAAUGUUUUGCACUCACUCAGCCCCGGGCCAUGAUGGAGGAGGGUGAAGAUUUGCAGUCAUGUAUGAUCUGUGUGGCACGACGCAUCAUUGCAGUAGAGAGGACGGAGAGAUUUAGCACUCGCCACGAACUGUCUGGUAAACUGAUUGAAAUUGAACAGCAAAGCUCUCUUCACACCACUAUGCGUCCAGGCUGGGAGGACCUGGUUAGGCGCUGCAUGCAGAUGUUCCUCAAUCGAAGUGAGGGACAACCGUGGUCCUACAAACGCCACUAUCAAGAUGCUUUCCAUAAUGGCCAUGCGGAGACCCCACUCUACCGCUUCUCACUCUCUGAUGGCACCCCAGUCACAGCCCAGACCAGGAGCGACCUCUGCAGGAAUCCCAACACCAAUGAGCCGCACUCUUUCCUCUCCACACACUUGCUACAAAGGGAGCAGAAUGGUUAUCGUGGAAACCAGGGUGGAGGGAUGAGGCCUCAAAACAUGGUUGUGAACAAUCCCAACCAACAGAUGAACAUGGGUCCAGGAGGGGGCAUGGGCAUGAACAGGGGCUACGGCAUGGCUGAACAGGGCAAUAUGCCACAAAGAGGAGUGCCUCCGUACACUGGGGGCAACCGCAUGAAUCCCAUGAACCAGAUGAAUCAAAUGAAUCCUAUGAAUCAGAUGAGUCCCAUGCAUCAGAUGAAUCAAAUGAAUUCCAUGCAUCAGAUGAACAACAUGGGUCCAAUGAAUCAGAUGAAUUCUAUGCAUCCAAUGAACUCUCCCAUGAACUCUCCCAUGAACUCGAUGAACCAAAUAGGGCCCAUGAAUCAGAUGGGCCACCAUGGCAUGCAUCAGCAGCAACAUCAACAUCAGCAGAUGGGUCAGUUCCAUGGAGGUGGAGGCGGACCUGGAGGUGGAGGGUACGGGAUGGGAAUGACCAGUCCCCCCCAGGCCAGUCCGGGGAUUAACGGCCCCCCACACAACGUCAUGGGUUCACCUAGAGUCCGAGGAAGCCCCAAGAUGGGUGCCAGCCCCUUCUCCCCCGGAGGUAUGAACUCUCCCAUGAGCUCUAGUCACCCUGGCGGAGGAGGCACCACCUUCUCCAGCAGCUCCUUGAAUGCCCUCCAAGCCAUUAGUGAGGGAGUGGGUAAUCCGAUGCCCUCCCCCCUCACCUCUCCUCCCCCCCACAAGCCUGACAGCUCCCCAAGCAUCAACUCCACCAACCAGCCAGCAGGGGGACCCUGUAAACCUGGCCUCCCAGCCUAUUCGGACUCCAAGAGCCCCGGGAGCUCACUGGGGGCUGGAGGAGAGCAGCACCCCCACACCCCCACCAGCGAGGGCCCCCCUGACAAGCCAGACAGCCAAGCCAGUAGAGAGGUGGGUCCGGCUGGGGGAGAAUCGAACCGACGGGUUCCUGACAGCCAUAAGAAGCUUCUGCAGCUCCUCACCUCCCCUGCAGAUGAGCUGGUGCCACCUAAUCAUACACCAAAUUCCGGGCCCAGCUCCACGCCUGGGGCUAAAGACGGAACAGCCGGCGUCACCAGCCCCUCAUCCUCAACAGGAGUGUCCUCCUCUACGGGUGGGAAUCAUGGCGCUGUGUCCUCCUCGGGUGCUACAGGACAUUUAACAAGUCAGUCACUUCAGGAGAAGCACAAGAUCCUCCACAAGCUGUUGCAGAAUGGGAACACUCCAGACGAGGUGGCUCGCAUCACAGCCGAGGCCACAGGAAAAAGCAGCCUGGAUUCAGGGGCACCAGAGCCUGGGCCUGCAGCCACUGGAGCGGCUAGGGGAUCAGAAUCAAAGCAGGAGCAGCACAGCCCAAAGAAGGAGAAGCCCCACGCCCUCCUUCACUACCUGCUCAAUAAGGACGACUCUAAAGAAGGUGGUGAUAUCAAGCCGAAGGUGGAGGACCUGGAAGGAAGAGGAGCUCAGGCUGCAGGGGUCACCAGCUCUGACCCUCACUGCAUGGAUGGGAAAGUCAAGUUGGAACCAUCUGAUGAGACGGAGACCUUGGAGACCAUUCUGGGUGUGAACAACGCUGGCUUCUACUCUGAAGCAGACUCCAGAGCAGGGAAGGAAGUGGGAAACAAACAGGGAAAUUUGCCUGACAGUUUACAUGAUGGGGAGAGAGGCCCCAUGCCUCCUGCUCAACGUACCUAUCAAAGAGCCUUGUCCAUGGAUGCCAAGCCCAUGGUUGGAGGUGGAGCAGUAGGAGGCGGGCUAGCUGGGAGAAGGAAUCUGCCGUGUCCCACUUUGGUUAAACAGGAGACCAUGGAUUCUCCGAUCCGAUCCGGGCCCGUUCCCAAUGGCUUUUCAGGAGGCAUGGGUGUGUGUCCACCUCGGGGGAAUCCAACAAGAGGUAUGGGCAGAGGAAUGGGAAUGCCCCAGCGCCCUCCCAUUUCAGGGCCAGGGGACUGGGGGAUGCCGAGGUCCAGCGGCAGCCCUGUGGCCGGCCCAGGACACCCUGGCAUGGGUCGCUCUGGUCCAAUGGCAGGACCCAUGAUCAACCGCUCCAACAGUGUACCUGCAAACGCAAGGUCUAUGUUGCAGCAGCAACUCAUGGAUAUGGGUACCAGUGAAGCCAAUAUGGGGAUGAGCCGGUUUGGUGGACAUGGGCCCCCACCUCAGUCUCCCUCCUGGCCAGACUCUGCUAUGGUAAUGGACAGACCACAGAGGAACACAAACAGGGACCAGUUUGGGCAUCCACUGGAAGAGCUUCUGGGCCCCCUGGCCAGCGGCGAGGGCCCACCUGAUGAACGGGCACUUCUUGACCAGCUGGACUCUCUGCUCAAUACAGCUGAUGUCAUUGCACUGCAGGAGAUAGACCGAGCCCUAGGCAUCCCUGAAAUAGUAGGCCAGACUCAGGGACCUGAGGGCCACCAGCAGGGCCAGGAUCAAGGCCAGGGACAGUGCCCGCCAUCAGAGCCUUUCCCAGGGCCGGACUCCUCCUUAGGCAUGGACCAAAAACCCAUGUAUAACCAAGGCUACCCUGGGCCCCCAGGGCCCCCCUCCGUGGGCAUGCAGCCCGGUUAUGGUGGCAACACAAUGCAAGGCCAGUCUCCGGGAGGCUUCAACCCCAUGAUGAAUCAAAUGGGCCAGGCAGGGGGCUUCCCUGGCAUGGCGGGCAUGGGCAACCCCCGUGCAAACAUGAUGCGACCUCGCAUGAUUACUGCCACCAAGCCUCUCCGACUGCAGCUGCAGCAGAGACUGCAAGGACAGCAGUUUAUGAACCAGACCCGACAAGGCAUGAAGAUGGAACAUGCCCCCGGAGGAAACCCUGCCAUGCAUCCAGGCAUGCAGCCUGGCAUGCAGCCUGGUAUGCAGCCUGGUAUACAGCCUGCAGGCAUGAGUGGUCAGCCGGGUUUCUUGAACGCCCAGAUGAUGGCUCAGCGCAGCAGAGAGAUGAUGACCAUCUCCCAGAUGAGGAGGCAGAGGAUGAUGAUGCUGAUGCAGCAGCAGCAACAGCAACAGCAGCAGCAGCAGGGGCAGGGGGCAGCAGCAGGCUUCAGCCCUCCUCCAAAUGUCACCGCACCAGGGGGCAUGGACAGCCCCAUGGGAGCUCCCCCAAUAAACCAGGCUGGACAGCAGGGCUUCAACUAUGGGGGUAAUUAUGGGAUGAACCAGCAGGGGGAUCCAUCAUUCAUGGCUCCAGGUAGCAGCCCACCAACAAACAUGAUGCCUGGACGAAUGGGAGGUCCUCCUCAGAACACCAUGAUGCCAGGGAUGCAGGGCAAUCCGCAAGCAGGGCCCAUGUACCCAUCUGGAGAGAUGAAAGGCUGGCCACAGGGCAGCAUGCCACGCAACAACUCAUACCCCCAGCAACAGUUCCCUCAGCAGGCCAACCAGGGCCAGUUUGGACCCAUGAUGAUGAACACCUCCAUGGGUGGACCUGGGCCAGUCAGCGGGGCCAGUGCGGGACAGAUGGGACAGAUGGGACAAAUGCCAGGACAGAGACACGGCCAGAUGCAGGGCCAAAUGGGCAUGAACCCCAUGGGAAUGGGCAGAAUGCCAAUGGGACCUGAUCAGAAGUAUUGCUGAAGACCUGUGCCUGACAGUAGAAUCUGGAGCCUUUCAGCUGUGGCCGAACAGUCUGAGCCCCGAGAAAAGAUGGACCUACACACACACACAAACACACACACACACACACACAGUUGGAGUUCUCCAGCCUAAAACAUGACGCACGCAGGAAACUCAGCACAACACACUGCUCAUCCUAGAGGAAGUGGGCUCCAACUGAAGCCUCACAUACUGUAACUCUGUAUGGUGACACACAAACACGAAAUAUCACUGUGUGUGUGCGUGUGUGCAUGUUUGUGUGUGUUCAUGGAGCUGUCGGGCAGUAUUCAGCGUCACGGCCAGGCUGCAGAACAGGACUAUGGUACAACUGGCUGUGGCGGCACUUUACUGGAGGCUUCUGUGUGGAAUAAAGAUUGAUGCAAUAUUUCUUCAUCAUUACAGCCUUACUAGAGAUUCAAUGCCUUCACAACGAUGGGUUUCUGUUUUCUUUCUUAUCCUUUGGAUGCGCCUCAUUCUUGAAGUCAUUGGAAGCUAUAAGCACACAAUUUAUUUACUAUGUUAUGCAGAUUGGAGCAAUAACUCUUGCCUCUAUGCUUUAGACUGUAACUGAGCAUCAUAACCCCUGUUAUAAGCAAACAAAUGGUACUGCAGUAUUAGAUGUCUCAAAUGUCCUCUGUGAAUAUGAAUUGUAAAUAUUCUACAAAAUAUAUCAAACAUGCUUUUUAAAGGCCCAUUAUUGCACAAAGUAUGAGACCUGGUUGUAUUUUUGUGUCCCAUAGGUCAAUACUGAUUUGGAUGAUUUGCUUUUUUUUAUGCCUUUGCAAAUAUCGCAGGCGUGUUUGGGUUUCCUUCCUUUUGUUUGUCAUUUUCUGAAUGCUGUAUUUUUUAAUUUUCCAAAAAGUCAUGUAUUUCAUGUUUUAGCGAGGCACUUUUACUUGUGACGAGUAGCUGACAAGUUGAUGGUUCAAGCUUUCACGCUGUCAGAGGUAUUAUUGGAAUGUGGCAGAUUUCUUCUGUCGAUUACAUAAAAUGAUAUUAUUUUGUCGGGUUCAGUGUGAGGUGAGCUGUAUGGGUUUUGUCUGCGCUACAGUGAAGACGGGAACACACACUCCUCAGUUUACCAACAAGCCUGGUCCCUGAAGUGUUCUCCCCCCCUUCUACCAGCUCUAUCUCUCAAGUGUAUUUUUAUUCACACCAUCUUCUUUUGACUGUUAUUCUCAGCUCGCUGAAUCUACCUUUUCAACAUGCGCAAUCCAAAGAUAUUUUUCCACAUCUCUGUAUAGUUUCUGAGGUUUCUGGUGUACAUUUUUUUUAUGACGUGUUAUAUUAGUCUGAUGGUAAAGGGUACAUAUCAUGGAUCUGUAAAAGCAUAUGAUGGUUAUAAACUGUACGCAUAAAGGGCAUGGGGCUCGGUUGUUCCGCAGUGGGAAGCUAUCAGUGCAGUGCGAAGAGGACUGGAAACUCUCAACCCUACAGCAGAAGGUUUUUACAUCCAGAAAAUAGACGAAGCAUGUUUUGCUGUGAGAGAAAUACCAAUGGAAUUGAAUCCACUUUAAGACAUAUCAAUAUCUCUUCUAUUUUUCAGGAAACGGCUUCAUUUUCUGUCCAGAUUUUGUUACUUCAGGAACAAGGAACUUUGUAGAGUUUGAAUGAAGUGCAAAAAGAGGCAAGAGAUCAUUUGGUUUGUUUUUGAUGUUUUUUUGUUUUGGUGGUAAGAUAAACUGUCAUUUUACAGGAUGUAUAUUACAGAUUUUUUCUGUUGAUGUUGAUAUUAAUGUAAAUACAAAUUUCUAUUUAAACAC